AUGAGGUUCAGAGACUUGGCUUUCACCAUCAUCUUAAUAUUCUUUGGAGAACUCUCUGCAGAAGAAAAACCCUGUGAUAUUCCUCCUAUAGAAAAUGGAAGAAUUGCCCAGUAUUACUAUACAUUUAAAAGCUAUUACUUUCCAAUGGGCAUAGAUAAAAAAUUGCCAUUUUCCUGCUUGGCUGGUUAUACCACAGAAACUGGAAAACAGGAAGAGAAAACUACAUGUACAAAAGAAGGCUGGUCUCCAGAACCGAGGUGCUUCAAAAAAUGCACUAAGCCGGACCUGAGGAAUGGUUAUGUCUCUGAUACAAAGUUAUUGUACAGGAUUCACGAAAGCAUGCGUUAUGGCUGUGCUUCGGGAUACAAGACCACAGGAGGGAAGGAUGAAGAGGUGGUGCAGUGUCUCUCCAGUGGAUGGGCUUCUCAGCCGGCCUGUAGAAAGGAGCAUGAAACAUGUUUGGCCCCUGAAUUAAAUCAUGGAAAUUAUUCCACAACACAGAAAACAUUCAAUGUGAAUGAUAAAGUGCAAUAUGAAUGUGCAACUGGCUACUACACAGCUGGAGGAAAGAAGAUUGAGGAAGUGGAAUGUCACACCCAUGGAUGGUCUCUCUCACCAAAAUGUACCAAAUUACAGUGCUCUUCUUUACGAUUAAUAGAGAAUGGUUAUUUUUAUCCUGUAAAGAAAACCUAUGAAGAGGGAGAUGUUGUCCAGUUUUUUUGUCAUGAGAAUUACCAUUUGAGUGGGUCUGAUUUAAUUCAGUGCUAUAAUUUUGGUUGGUAUCCUGAAUCUCCUGUAUGUGAAGGAAGAAGAAAUAGAUGCCCUCCUCCACCUUUGCCUCUCAAUUCCAAAAUUCAAAACUCUCAGACAACAUUUCGCCAUGGAGAAACUGUUCAUGUAGAAUGUGAAUUGAAUUUUGAGAUCCAGGGGUCGGAAGAUAUACACUGUGAAAACGGAAAAUGGACAGAACCUCCAAAAUGCAUCGAAGUGAAGGAGAAGAUCACUUGUGAGGAACCACCCCUAAUUGAGCAUGGGGCAGCAACCAUACAAGCAGAGAUUUACUACAAUGGGGGGAAGGUGACCUAUAGAUGUGAAAAUGGUUACCACAUGCGGGGACCUAAUGAGAUCAUUUGUCAGCAUGGGAAAUGGACACGUCCCCCUGAAUGUGUUGGAAAUAAUGAGAACUGUAAAGCCCCACCUGAUCUAAUCAAUGGGGCUGUUGUUGAUGAAUUAUUGACAAGUUACACAACAGGAUCUACAGUGGAAUAUAGGUGCAAUGAGUAUUAUUUAUUGAGAGGAUCAAAGAUUUCUCGUUGUGAACAAGGAAAAUGGACAUCUCCACCUAUUUGCUUAGAGCCGUGCACUGUAAAUGUGAACUACAUGAGGAGAAAUAACAUAGAGAUGAAGUGGAAAUAUGAAGGAAAAGUCUUGCAUGGUGAUUUAAUAGAUUUUGUGUGUGAACAAGGAUAUGACUUUUCUCCAUCCACCCCACUGUCUGUGCUAUCUGUACAGUGUAACAGAGGAGAAGUGAAAUAUCCAUUAUGCAUUAAAAGAGAAUCUAAAGGAAUGUGUACAUCUCCUCCACUUAUUAAAAAUGGUGUCAUUAUUAGUUCAACGUCUGGCACCUAUGAAAAUGGUUCCUCCAUAACAUACAGCUGUUUUGAUCACUAUUUCCUACAAGGAUCUAGGAAUGUCUACUGUUUAGAGGGAGUAUGGACUACACCACCACUAUGUUUAGAGCCUUGCACUCUAUCCUUUGCUGAAAUGACAAAGAAUAAUUUAAUCUUGAAAUGGGAGUUUGACAACAGACCAUAUAUUUUUCAUGGCGAGUAUAUUGAGUUUCUUUGUCAAGGAAAUACUUACUUAGCUGUGUUAUCAGGAUCUGAACUUAGAGUGCAGUGUAGUAAUGGACAAUUCAAAUAUCCAAGGUGCAUUCCGAGAUAG